CCACUACUUAAAUUCUUCUUCUUUCGUGCAAGUUUUUCGCGUCACAGGCUGCUUUUGUGCUAAUAUUUUCGUUUCUAUCGCGUUGCGUUCGCACUUUGAAUGACUACCAACAAAUUGACGACGAAAUUGUACACUCAAAUCCAACAGAGACUCGCCUGUGCGGGCUUUCGGGCUGUCUCGUCGGCCGGCUUUGUGUCUCACAAAACAAAAACAACAACAAAUCGCUGGAGCUCCAAUCAGAUACGUGCACUUAAAAAAAUGUCAAAUAUCGAUAUGGAUAAAGUAUACAUGCGCAAUGCUGCUGAAAGCAAAGAACUAAACAUAGUGUUCCGCUAUGUAAACGAAACCCUGAAGAUAGAUCGAGAAUUUAAUUUCAAUCGACAAAUGGACGAGCAAAUUGAAGGCAUUUUGACACGAAUUCAAGGCAAUGUCCAAAAGCAGAUGGAAAAGAAACAAAAAAAGAAGGGCAAAAGCAACGAGCCGGUGGUAGUUGGAUCUUCCGAGAUAAAUGUUAAACUUUAUAGCGAAAACCAUGACCUAAAUUUUAACAACUUAACAUUUACCGAACUACUUGAUAAAAAUAUCAGCGGAAUAAAGCUGCGAGUGGUCGAUGCCACUUUCGAUAUGGUUUUCAAUCCACCCUGGAUUUUAAGCCUUAAACUACCGAAAUGCAUGCUGGCUGGAUUUGUGGUUUAUCCAACGGCUUGUGAACUUCAAUUUGCCGAACGUGAGCACAGCAAUGGAACCUGGUUUAAAGCCAAACAAUCCCAAACUACCGAAUGGGAAGCCUGCGGCGAAGGUUUUCACUAUAUUCCAACGGCUGAAGAUAUUGGAUACUACUUAAAAUUUGUAGUUACUCCAGGAAAUGGAAAAGGAGCUAAAGGUCCUGUGGUGGAGGAAAUUUCUAAAACUACCGUUCAAGCUGCCCCAGAAUUGUUUCCCUUUGAAGGUCGGCAUCGCCACACGCCUGAUUAUUUGAUAGCUUCGAAUGAACUUCGAGUGGUAACCUACAAUCUAUUGGCUGACUAUUAUGCGGAUAGUGACUACUCCCGAAAAACGUUAUUCCCUUAUUGCCCGCCAAAGUAUCUGGAAAUUGACUACAGAAAACAAUUAUUUAUCAAAGAAAUAGUUGGCUAUAAGGCUGAUCUCAUCUGUCUGCAAGAGGUUGAUCAAAAGAUAUUUGAUAUUGACUUUAAGGAAAUACUGGGUGGACCUUCGCUCAAUUAUCAUGGUAUCAUGGCCCCAAAGGGCACGUGUGCGGAGGGCGUUGCAAUUUUCGUUCGUAAAUCCCGAUUUGAACUUGUGGAAUCUCAAGUGUUGCAUUUAGGUUCUAAAAUACCUAAACUACCCAUUUUUGAAAGUCUUUGGAAUAAAAUCAAGAUUAAUGAACAAUUGGCAUCACGUAUUUGUGAUCGAUCAACGACUUUGCAAACAUGUUUGCUGAAAAUUAAGGAUACCAACCGAUAUAUACUUGUGGCCAACACCCAUUUAUACUUUCACCCCGAUGCCGAUCAUAUACGCCUCUUGCAAAUGGCUUUUUCCAUCACUUAUGUUGAGCAUCUGCUCAAGGAAGCUGUAAAGGAUUUAAAAAUCUCAAACCCCCAAGAUAUUGGACUGAUAUUUUGUGGAGAUUUUAAUAGCGUCCCGGAAUGUGGUAUAUACAAAUUGAUGACUGAACAAUUUGUGGAUAAAGAUUUUGUGGAUUGGCGUAGUAAUGCCGAGCAAGCAGUUUCGAAUGUGGAACUCACUCAGCCCUUUGAAAUGGCUUCAGCUUGUGGUACUCCCGAGUUUACAAACUUUACCACCCUGUUUGCGGCAUGCUUGGACUAUAUAUUCUAUCAAAAGGAUCGAUUUGAGGUAAUGCAAUACGUACCAUUGCCAACGGAGGAACAGUUAAAGGUCAAUAGUGCCAUACCCUCGGUAGUCAUUCCUUCAGAUCACGUUGCUUUAAUAGCUGAUCUUAGAUUUAAGACGGGAUCAUCCGCUUAAAAUAAUUCAAUUUGUAAACAGUGAUUGUACUAAGCAUUUUAAAUUGAUAAUUUAAAAACGUCAAAUGUAUUUAAAAAAAAUAAUUUAACUCGGCUUUAAUAACCAGUGUCGAAAAGCACAAAAAUAUCGCUUUUAGAGUCUAUUUUUUA